AUGUCAACUCGUGAAAUUGAUCAAAAUAUUUCUUCUGCCUCUACUACCUCAGUCACUUUUGAUACUGCUACUACUGAUACUAGCAAUAGUACUAUUAAGAGUAGAGGGAGAAAAAAAAAAGUAACUAAUACCAAUACUAAUGAAGAUAAUAAAGAAAUACAACAAAAUUUGAGAAGAAGUAGUCGAAUUAAAUCUAAACAAAAUAUUGAAAAAGUUGAUAACACUGUGAUCAGCAGCGGCACUGAUAGUACCGCCAAAGCUAAAACUGAUGAUAUUGAUCCUGCUAGUAUUGCUACUAUUUCUACUGAUAAUAAUGAUAAAGUCAUUGAUUUGGAAAAAUUCAAUAAUAAUAUUACUACUAUUAACACUGCCUCCAGUAAUACUAUCAUUGCAGAGGAAGAAGUCAGAAAACCUACCAAUAAAAGAAAAAAAAGUGACAAAUCUGAUGAAUCUACAAAGAAGAAAACCAAGAAGCAAGAUGAAAAACAAAUUGCUGCUACUAGUUCUUCGUCCUCAAGUGCUAACAAUAAUGCAGCUCAGACUGAUGAAAAGAAAAGAGCACGUCUAAAUGAAAAGAAAGAUAAAGAACCCGAAGAAAAGCGUCUUGCAAAGUUUCGUCCUAGUUGUUCAAUGAAAGUAAAAGAACGUAUUGAACGUGCAAUGUCACAAAGAAUGUUUUUGGUUGAUAGAUCCGAAGUUAAUGAAUUACAUCAUGAGUUUGUAGUAUUAGGAUCAGUUGGAAACGUCUAUAAUAUUGAGAUUUCAACUCUUCCCAAAUGUAAUUGUCCUGAUUUUGCUGUAAACGGGAAUUUUUGUAAACAUAUCUUAUUUGUGUAUUUGAAGGUCCUUAGAGUCAAUCCUGAUAGCAAUUACAUCUAUCAAAAAGCAUUAUUGACUAGCGAACUUAGACAAAUUUUCCAAAAUGCUGCACCAAAUCCAACUGUAUUGGCAAGUCAAAAAGUUCGUGAUCAAUAUGCAAAGAUUAUUGGUGGUGUUGAUUCUAGCAGUGAUGAUGCUAGCAUUGGUAAAAGACCUCGUCAACCAAUUGAGGGUGAUUGUCCCAUCUGUUAUGAGACAUUGUUGGAAACUGAAAAACUCGUUUGGUGUAAGGAUUCUUGUGGAAAUAAUGUUCAUGAGGUUUGUUUCAACCAAUGGAAAUCUUCAAAGCAUAGCAGUGGUAAUGAGAUUACUUGUGUUUAUUGUCGUAAUAAAUGGGAAGAUGAGAGCAAAAUAAUUUCUUCAAGUAAUGAUGGAUAUAUUAAUUUGGGUGAAGCACAAGGAAUUUCUGGUGUAAGAGGUAAAUAA